UGUUUCUAUUGGACGGACGAGCACCCACACGCACUGACAGUCAAGAGCAGGUUGUGUAAGUGAAAGCAGCAAGCAUCACUUAUCAUAACAGGUCCGUAAAAUCAGUUAAGUUUACAGGAAUCUCUGUUUUUCAACACAACAGAACAGACCGCUAGCUAAAAGGACAUAGCGCUAUUUCUGAGCACGGCGAGGAUGACUAUCCCGGCAGGAGAGGGAUGAAGAUGACAACACGGUUAUGGCGAGUUGUGUCAUUGUGGCUAUGUGUAGCUGCUGUGUGUUGGUAUCCUAGUUGUUAUGUUGGUUGUUCAGAGGAACACAAAGAAGCCCAGAGGCCAGAACCCCCACAGGACAUCAUUUCGGAGGAAGAACCAAGGGAAAGUGUUCAUCAGCGAAAGGUUGAGCAGAGUUUGGUUUUAGCCACCCAGUCCUUUUCUGAAAAUGAGCACUUUCAAGAGGAGGAUCAGCAAAAAGAGGAUCAAGCAACAUCAGAAGACGUGGAUAAAAAAGAGCAAUAUUUAGAGGUUGUUGAAGUGGAAGAGCCUGCUGCUGAGGUAGAGGUAGAGGCAGACGAAGGAAUACAACUUGAGCAAGAAUCUCAGCAGAGCUCAGAAUAUCAACCCUCUGAAACCUCCAGCGGGCAAGAUCUGGAAUCAGCCUCGAUUCCCCCGUCACCUGACACUGUCUCUGGAUUUGCUGAUGAACCUGAACACGAAUCCAGCCUCCUUAAUCUUCAAGAUAACAUCCCAAAUAGUUUUUCAGAUGAAGCGUCUGACAAAGCUGAGGUCAUUGAUUCUGACCUUCAUCCUGCAAACUGUGAGGAAGAAGAGACUAACCCCUAUGACAGUGAAAGCAAUCCACCAGUUGUCCUGGAGAACACUUCCAAUGUUCACACUGCAGGUACUAAAACCCACACCGACCCUGCACAGAGCUCACAGUAUCUGGAGGCCAAUGCAUCACACGUGGCGAAAGAACAAGACUUGAGCUCCCCUGGUGCCUCAGACACAGAUUCCAGUGCGAGCAGCAAAGACCCAGAAGACAUCCCUACGUUUGAUGAGUGGAAACGAAAGAUGAUGGAGGUGGAAAAAGAGAAAACUCAGUCUACUCAUACCUCCACUAAUAGCGUUUCUCACACGGUGAAGAAAGUCCAGAAGAAUUUCAACAACUAUGCCUCAGUGGAGUGUGGAGCCAAGAUCUUGGGAGCUAACCCAGAGGCUAAGAGCACUUCAGCCAUAUUGAAGGAGAACAUGGACCUGUACAUGCUUAAUCCGUGUAGUAAUAAAAUCUGGUUCAUUAUUGAGCUCUGUGAGCCCGUCCAGGUGAAACAGUUGGAUAUUGCAAACUUUGAACUCUUCUCUUCUACUCCAAAAGACUUUCUCGUCUCUAUCAGUGACAGAUAUCCAACAAACAAGUGGCUGAAGUUGGGAACAUUUCAUGCCCGUGAUGAACGUACAGUACAGAGUUUCCCACUUGAUGAACAUAUUUAUGCUAAAUAUGUGAAGAUGUUCACCAAGUACUUAAAGGUAGAGCUGGUCUCUCACUUUGGCUCUGAACAUUUCUGUCCACUCAGUCUCAUAAGGGUGUUUGGCACAAGCAUGGUGGAAGAGUAUGAGGAGAUAGCUGAUCCCUCGGAAAGACCAGAAGACCAGGACGAUGACUUGGAUUAUCCUCCUGGAUAUGCACCUGGUGAAGACAAAUAUUCCAAGAAUCUGAUUGGAUCUGCAAAGGAUGCCAUCAUGAACAUGGUUAACAAUAUUGCUGUCAAUGUUCUCGGUGGAGGCCCAGAGAUGCAAGGCAAUAUUUCAUCCCAGGAAGUGAACAUGACUGAGCCAACAUCCCAACCUGAACCCACCACUGAGAUCCCAACAACAACAACAGACCUUACAUCUGUUUCACACUUGGAAGAGAUUUUACCGAGCUCUGAUGACUCUGCAACUGAACCCCCCACUUCAGACACUCCUGUACCGGACACACCUACCACAGAUUCCAUCGACGAAGAGCUCCCUCCGGUGGAGGAUAAAAUAGUCAUUCCUUUAGAGCCAGAUGAGGAGGAACCCAUCAGCUCCACCAUCACCCUCCUGGAUAAAGAGGAAGAGGUGGAUGAAGAAAAAGAGAGACAGUAUCACGAGGAGAGGCAACAAGAAACCCAGUAUUACUGUGCGCUGCUGCCUUCGUUUUCCUCCACUUGGUCCUGUGCUGCUUCCCUACAGGAGUAUCUUUUGCAACAGUGUUCAGUUUUGAUGUCCAAAAAACGGAAAUGCCAAAUACUACAAAGAAAUAAUCAAAUGGAAAAAGAAAUCCUCACACCUGGUUUCCUCCUCCCCCUGCCUCCAUCUGCCUGCCCUGAACCAGAGCAGCACCACACUGAGGUAUAUCAGCCUCGUGAACAACAACAAGCUGCUGAGCCUGAGCCAGAGACCAGAGCCAGUCCAUCAGAAGGACCACAGCCUCCAGAGGAAACGGUAGAAUCUCAUAAAGAGUCAGAACAUCCUCUACUGGAGCCCAGUCAGACCUCAAACCUCCCCCUACCCAGUGCCACUGAUUCAUCGUCUGCCAAACCUAUCCCUAUUGUGGAAACGCCACAGCUUAUUACUGAGGAACCAGGGAAGAAGCUAAAGCCAGAGAUGAGUCAGGAUGUUGAGGGUGAAGAGAAGGACGUUGAGCUGUCAGUCUCUGUCAGUGCCUCCAGCUAUGCAAAACCCACAGUCAGUGCCACAGUGGACGAUACCUCAGCGGUUCAGUCCGAAGAGAAAAUCGAUGCUUCCCAGCCCGAGGCAAAGACUCCCAUCCAAACUCCGGAUAUGACAGAUCAACCCCAAGUUCUUCCUCCACCCACCUCUGUUCAUGUAGAUCAUCACCCUGAUCCACCAGAGGUUCCUGAUCCUCCCACUGAGCCAUCUCACCCAGUUCUAGACACUGUUCCUGAACCUGAGCCCUCUGACAGCCCCCCGCUCAUUAUAGAAACAAAAAUAGAGGACCUUGCAGAGGACAUUGCCUCGUCGUCAGGUGCCAAUGGUCAGCUGCCUCGCCCUUCCUCUGUGGCUCCUUCAUCUACCUCAGUGUCCCUCUCAGAUAUCUAUGCAGAGCCUCCGAAUGGCACGGAGCAAAACGGGAACCCGGUGCACGGCUCCAGCCAGAAAGAGUCUGUAUUUAUGCGACUCAACAACCGCAUCAAAGCCCUGGAGAUGAACAUGUCACUCAGUGGACGCUACUUGGAGCAGCUCAGCCAGAGGUAUCGAAAGCAGAUGGAGGAGAUGCAGAAGGCUUUCAAUAAAACUAUCAUUAAACUCCAGAAUACUUCUAGAAUAGCAGAGGAACAGGACCAGCGUCAGACUGAGUCUAUUCAGCUGCUGCAGAACCAGCUGGAAAAUGUGACUCAGCUGGUUCUCAACCUGUCUGUCAAAGUCAGCCAGCUGCAGAAUGAGGUGUCAGACAGACAGGCCUACCUGCUGCUCUCUCUGGGGUUGUGUCUGUGCCUCGGUCUGCUGCUUUACGUCAGACGCCGCAGCAUCUCCACGCCGCCAACCACAGACCCAGAGCCGCCAGAAACCAAGACCUACACAUACCGCUGCCCAGAAAGGCAGUUUUCCUAUGAUGAGGCAGGCCUGAAAAGGAGUGCAUCUUAUCCCCUCAUACACUCUGAGUCACUCCAGUUAGACACCUCUGAAGGCCCAGAAAUGCUGCAGACUACCGCGUCACAGAGUCUCUGUCCAGCCAACAGAAAGAAGAGACGCAAAAAGGUGAAAUCCAUGGAGGAAGUGGAGACUCUGAAACCGUCAUUUCAUGCUGGUCCAGAGCUGAGGAACGGAGCUGCUGUAUGUAACGGAGUGCCUGUCCUCACGCAUCCAACGCCCCUUACAAAAAGGUUACUUCAGCCGACAUUCAGAGACUCGCCAUCAGAGGGCAGCUCAGAGGGAUCUCAUUCAGACGACCCUUCAUUCUGUGGCAUCACCACAGCCUGCUCUCGAAUCUGUGAUGGGCUUCCUCCACCCAAGACCCGAGCGGAGAAACGGGCAUUAAGACGCAGGCGUCCCAAGCCUAGUAGUGGAGUUGUGGACUUACUCCAAGCCCCGAGCAGGGACAAGAGCAAUUUAUCGCCCAUCUUUACAGUACAGGACAUGGUGAAGAGAAAAAUGGAGCAAAGCUCUGGAACUUUUGGAGUAAAUGUCUCACUCUCAGGUCCAGUUUGACUUAAAAAAAAAAAAAAAAGACAAAUGGCAAAAAGACACCACUUCUUCUCAUUCACUGCUCAACUCUUUGUAAAAGAGGAAAGAUGUUUAUUUCUGUAGCUACAGGCAGCUUAAAGUUUUACCCUGAGACAAUCCCCUCACUCUUAUUCCACUUCUUCUUAUUGUUUAUGUUCUCUGUUCAAAUAUAGUUGUCAGACAUCUAUAUUUGUUAUACUUCAAAUCAAAGCAAUGUCUUCCCAGUUUAAUAUUAAAGCUUUUCUCUUGUUUGGAAGAA